UGUGUUGAGAAAGUAUCAGUUAACUUCAUCAGUACUGAUCCAUCAGAGUCUGUAUCUCUGGAUAAACAUGUCUGAAUGGACUUUGUGCUGUUCAGCUUUUUUUUUCUGGAUGUUUUUCCUCUGACUCAUCUCCCGGUAGCCUACAAAGCUAUUGAUGUUAGCUUAGCAUGCUAGCUAGAAACAAAGGGAGAGUUAGCAACACAGCGUUAACAUGUCUAAAUCACAAAUACUGAGAUCUUUAGUCAACCAGCGACUCACUGCAGCUGCUGAAGAGAUAUUUGAGCUGUUUGAAAGAACGAUAGCAGAGCACGAGGAGGAACUUUCUCGUUCUAAAGAGGAGAACGAGCGACAACGGAAACUCCUGGACGCUGUUUUCAACCCUCAGCUUCGGUUACACAGAGCAGAAGUCCUGCAGCUGUUGGUGGUUAAAGAAGAGAUCCUACCUGAGCAGCAGGAAUGGAGCUCCAGUCUGGACCAGGAGGACCCAGAGCCCCCACACAUUAAAGAGGAACAGGAGGAACUCUGGACCAGUCAGGAGGGAGAGCAGCUUCAAGGACUGGAGGAGUCUGAUACCAAGUUCUCAUUCACUCCUCUGAAGAGAGAAGAAGAUGAAGAGGAAGCUCAGUCCUCACAGCUUCAUCAAAGACAAACUGAACAGAUGGAAACAGAAACUGAUGAAGAGGACUGUGGAGGACCAGAACCAGACAGGAACUCAGAUCCAGAUAGACAUCCAGAACCAGAUACUGAUGAGAAGACUGGAGACUCUUCUGAACCUGAGACUCAUGACAGUGAGGAUUGGAAGGAGACCAGAGAACCUCAGCCAGGUUUAAAUUCUUUGAAAAAUGAUGAAGUCCCUGUCAGUGAUUCAAGAUGUGGGACUGGUGGGAAAGAGUUUAGAUGCUCUGAGUGUGAGAAAACAUUUGGCACCCGUGGAAACCUGAGUAGACACAUGAGAUGCCACACAGGAGAGAAACCUUUCAGCUGCUCAGAGUGUGCUAAAUGUUUCACUGAUAGUGGAAAUUUGAAGAAACACAUGAGAAUUCAUACAGGAGAAAAACCUUUCAACUGCUCAGUCUGCAGUAAAUCAUUUGCACAGAAGGGAUCUUUGAAAACACACAUGAGACUUCACACAGGAGAGAAACCUUUCAGCUGCUCAUUCUGUAAUAAAUCUUUCACAAAAUGGAAUUUUACAGAUACACAGGAGAAUCCACACAGGAGAGAAACCUUACAGCUGCUCAGUUUGUAAGAAAUCCUUUACAUAUAGAAUUGGUUUACGGACACAUGUGAUAACUCACAAAGAAGAGAGACAUUUCAGCUGCUCGUUGUGUGAGAAAAGUUUCAAUGAAAGUGGAGAUCUGAAGAAUCACAUGAUAUCUCAUACAAGAAUAAAGAAAUUCAUGUGUUCAGUUUGUGGAAAACUGAUGAAAGGUAGUACAUGCUUACAGAGACACAUGAGAACUCACACAGGAGAGAAACCUUUCAGCUGCACAGUGUGUAAGAAAACUUUUGCACAGAGCCGUACUUUACAGACACACAUGAUAAUCCACACAGGAGAGAAACCUUUCACUUGCUCAGUUUGCGAAAAAAGAUUUCUGCGCACGCAGAUCUGAAGGUACACAUGAUGAUUCACACAGGAGAGAACCCGCUUUAGUGGUUCUGGUUGCUACAGUUUACGCAACUGUAGCGGAUAUCCACCAAGACAUUAUAAACUUAAGUGUCUAUGAGACAAUCUAAACUUGUCCACUUCUUUCAGGAACUGCUCUCACGACCAUAAAGGCACUUGGUGGUUGAACUCUGUUCUUACCCUGUGCCUGAACUUAAGAUAAGACUUGGGGUCAUUCCAUGUUUUAUGGUCUGUCUGUCUGCAGGCUCGAUGGCCCCAGUGACCGGACUAAGAAGCGACCACCUGAAGAAGUGCCUUCCUCCACCUGGUUUGUGAAAUACUUCAAAUAUGAUUGACUUUGAAUUCUGCACGCCAGAUCUCUCACUCUUGGCUCUGCCGUUCUGCCUCUUCUCUGGUAUUACGUUCCUGGUCUAACUACGGCCUUCCUGUGUCGUCUAAUGUGCCAUGCAGCUCCGACCUGCGAUGCACCAACGUGCUGAAGAUUAAUUCCAGCCACUAUUGACAGCAACCGACUUUUAAACUGGCAAAGAUGCCCUAAUGACCCCUGCUGCUACAAAGGGGGGUGAAGAUACGUCUCAUCCUCGUGCCGAGAGAGAUGAAGACGAGGAAGAACGGUUCAAGCCGAACCUCAACGAAGAAGACGACCAGGUUCCGAAGAAAUGAGAAAAAAGCUGAAUCAACUACUGCUGAGCAGGAGAUGGAAGAGAGUGAUUCAACCAACUACAAUCAUCCAACCAGAUGCAGAGGCCUUCAGAGGAACAGCCGCCAUUCCAUGCAGCUUUACCUCCAAUCUGCCCAUCAGAGCCGUCAGGUGAAACAAUACCAUUUCCAGAUGUAAACGAGUUUGAUGUGUCUAAGCCGAAUGAAUUGAAGUCACGUUAUAAAAUAAUCUUAGAUAUAAAUAUUUUUUGACCAAAAGAUCUAAAUUCAAUUUAAAUUAAACUAAUUCCCUGGUGCUUCUUGAACUCUCAGCUGUUGAACGGUGUCUAAAUCAUUGGAACUAAAUUUAAUGUAAAACAAAAAUCGACAAAGUAAAUUUAUCAGUCAAUGAUAUGAUUCACUGAUUCUACCUGGUCAAAUUCGAUCCUUUUCAUUUAGUUGUGGUUCAUUAUUCAUUGUUCUCUUCAUCCUAUUCUUUAUUCUUUCCCUUAAUUCUGUUUUUUUAUUAUCAUUUAGUCAUUUAUUUUAUGUUUAGUAGUUUAGUGAUGCAGUUUCUAAUACAUAUUUCAUUUAUAAAGAGCUUGAUCAUUUGAUUUGUGUGUAUAUGAAAUAAAAGGUCACUGUACAGCUUGAGUAGAACUCCGUAGCAACCCUGAGAUUAAAACGAGAUUUAUUAAUGUCACAUUUUGAAGUUUUCCUGCGUCCAAAUUAAGUCCUAUGUCAAAAUCCUAUGUUAGUUAAACUAAUGGUGGUAAGUCCAAGUACCAUUGUUCUUUUAUACUAAUUUAAGGGUUUCUAAAUCAAAAUGUUGUUAAUAACACUAGUUACAUAUCCUGAUAUGAAUUACUUAUUAUUUAUUAGACCUGCUAAGAGCAACAACGCUACACAACGCUUUCUUGCUCUUCCCUGGCGUUCCCAUGCCAGACGAGAUAUAGAAUCCUUCCAGCAUGGUCUUGGUUAACUUUGGACCUCUUACCGGUCAGACAUGACCGUCUAAAGUGAGGCCUUGAUGAGGAUUCUGUUUAAACACCCAAACCACCUCAGCUCGCCCCUUUCAAUGCGUAGCAACAGUGGCUCUACUCGGAGCUCCUUCCUGAUGUCCGUGCUCCUAAAACUGUCUCCAAGGCUGAGCCCAGCCACGCUAUUGAAUAUGAGGAAAUCCCGGUACAUCUUAUUACUGGGAACAAAAUAGUUAAGCUGCUCUAACGUUGGUAAAAGAUUUGCCUGCAGGAGUCUGAAGAGGCACAUGAGGAUUCACACAGGAGGGAAACCAUGCAGCUCAACAGUAAAAACAAAAAAAAAAAAGUUAGGCAGUUCAGUAAGGGACAAUACCCAAAAAGUUGUCCUUUAUUAGGACAUUAUCCCU